UCUCAACAUCAACAAAGGUAUUUUGAAGCCGAGAUACAAGCCUUGAAGGUGAUGAACGUUAAUUUAACAGAGCAAAUGAAAGCAGCCUCCAUGCAAAUGGACGUCAGAAAUGUUAUAAAUAAUCUAAAAAACGAUUUGGACUUGUUAAAUUCCACAUCUACAUUAUUAGUGGAACGAAAUUCCAAGCUGCAACAACACAAUACCAUUCUGCAAGACAAACUAGACUCUUUGAAUGCUACAUAUAUACUCUCACAACAAAAUGCCACAACUACUGAAGAUUUGAAAAGAUUGGAGAACAUCCUAACCUUUGAGAUAGAGCAAACAGUCAGCGACAGAGAACAGGAAAUGAUGAAGAAUAUAUCUGUCACAAUCAGGGACCUGAAACUCCGGGACCGAUAUUUAACUCUUUCUCUGAUGGAUGUAUAUAAUAACACAUCGACAUUAAAGUCCUUAUUGUCCCACUUCGAAGAACAGCAAAAGAUGACAGACAUUGAAAUCAGAAAGUUGGAGCUUUCACAGAAUAGUCACGCCGCUAAUAUGAAUGCUUCCCUUUCCCGUCUCCAAAAUAGCUUUGAAUCUAGAGUCGCUUUCACUGCUGGACGUAGCUUUUCAAGACCAACAUUUACUCCUGGAGAAAUAAUUGUAUUUGAUAAAAUCGUAUACCAAGUAGGAGGUGGAUACAACCCAACCAAAGGAGUGUUUACGGCCCCAAAAGCCGGGCUCUACGUCAUCUUCUGUACUGUUGUGGCAAACAGUGAUAAUACAUUCUGGACAAAAAUAAAGAUUAAUGGUGUAGUAAAGGCAGGAGUCAUGGCUGUUGUAACACACUCUAAUGCUGAUGUCUAUCAGUCUGCCUCCAACCUUGUUGUUCACCAGUUACAGGUGGGGGACAGAGUCUGGAUAGAAAUGUAUACUGGUACUACUAUGUACUCAGAGUUUCCAGACACUACCUUUUCUGUGAUUAUGAUCAACUGAAUAGAAUAAUACACUAAAAUACUAGACUAAGUUAUGUAUGACUUAUCUUGAAUCCUUUACUGUGAAUACUGUGAAUUCCAAACUUAUUGUUUAUCAGUUACAGACAAGAAUAAGGGUAUGCAUAGAAUACACAUAUUUAGUAUCCACCUACUUGACAUUAACUUUUCUGUGAUUAUAAAAUAUGUAUAUAUUAUCCACAUUUUUCCACAAAAUUAUAAAAUUUUGCUUAUCUUAGUUAAAUUAUGAAUUCGAACAUUU